AUGCGAGAAUCGCUUGGAUGGUCUACAGCUCGAUCAAUGUUCAAAGCAGCCAUAUUACUUUCACGCAUAUACAAUAUGACAUUUCAUGGACAAUGUCUCGGAUGGCAAGAGGUAAUUGCAGAAAAUGAGAUGAGUGCAUUGUUAAGCACAUGCGAAAAAGUGGUAUCAAAUAAUAUUGUUGGUAUAAUCGGACCAACAACUUCUAAUGCAGUUCGUGUGGUAUCACCGUUUUCAUUACUUAUGAAUAUUCCAAUGGCUAGUUACUCUGCUACAAAUCCUGAGCUAUCAGAUAUAACCAGAAACGAAGCAUUUUAUCGAGUAAUUCCAUCUGAUCAUUUUGCUGCACUUGCCAUAUCAGAAUUAUUUCAACAAUUUAACUGGUCAUCAGUCAGUGUUAUCAUUCAAAAUGAUGAUUAUGGUUAUGGUGGCCUAAAAGUAUUGAAAGAAGAAUUUUAUUCGGCGUCGAUACAAAUAAUAAAUCAAUUAGAAUUCGAUAAAAAUACUGACAAUUUUACAGUGACCGAUAACUGGGCACAGAUUCUAUCAAAAUCAUCAUCUCGGAUUGUGCUUGUAUGGGCUACUAGAAAUGUAACGUAUUCAAUUCUGAAACAUGCUCUAGAGAAGAAUAUGACUUCUUCUGAUUUUGUGUGGAUUUUAACAAGUGAUGUCCCUAUGGAUUACUUCAAUCAGUCUGAAAAAGAAAGAUUAGCUGGAAUUCUAACAGUAAUGCCCGUCCCCGGGGCUUUAGUCGAUGUUGCUAUAAAUUCAUCAUUAUUAACAGAUGCAAAAGAAAUUUGUGAUAAAAUCAACAAUCAGAGCUGUUUAAUUAAUCAUGAAAUUAAUAAUUAUGCUUUGUUUGCUUUCGAUGCAACAUGGGCACUUAUUCUUGCACUACAUGAACAUUGCAAUCAGAAUAGUCAUUGCUUGGAAUUCGAGAAAAAUGUUACCAACUGCUUCGGUGUUAGAUAUAAAAGUGGAACACAGUAUCGGAACAUACUACGUGAAAAUACUACGUUCUUGGGUGUAACUGGAUCUGUUCAAUUCAACAAGAAUUCUACUGAUCGUGUGAGUGGUGCUUACUAUCUUGUCAAAAAUCUUCAGAGAAUACGAAAGACUAAGAAGUAUUGUUACGUGUCGGUAAUGCAAUGGAGCGGCACUGGUACUUGGUUAAAUCAUUCUGCUGACUCCAGAAUCGUGUGGCUUAAUGAUGAGUCAAAACCACUGCCAAAAGAUUAUGCACGGAUUUCAGGCCAAAAACUAAAAAUAGUCGUUCUCGAAUCGCCUCCGUUUGUCAUUCUUAAAAAUACAUCAUUAGCAUCUAACAAGUCAGAUAACAAUUCAUAUGAAGGUUAUUCCAUCGAUUUCAUCAAAAGAUUAGCAGCCCAAAUGGGGUUUACAUAUGAGAUUAUAGUGCCCAAAUCUAAUAUUACCUAUAACGACGUAGUAUAUUGUGUGUCUAAUAAUACUUAUAGUAUAGCAGUUGCUGAUCUUACUAUUACAGCAAAGAGAACGGAUCUUGUCGAUUUUUCAACAACUUUCCUUGAAAAUGCUUUACGUGUCGUUGUUCGUCGGUCAGGCACAACUCGGAUGAAUCUUUUCGCUUAUUUUCGUCCACUUUCAACAUAUCUAUGGUUAGCAUUUUUCGGUAUCAUAGUUUAUAGUGGAAUCCUCAUUUAUCUAUUUGAAAAGUCAAACAAUAAACAGUUAGAAGAUCGAAAUCAUAUAAAAUCGGCUGGUGUCAGUCUUUACUAUUCAACAAGUAGUCUUGUCGGAUUCGGCUCAGAUUUUGCCACAACGGCAGCUGCUCGAGUUCUCAUCAUCGGUCUCUACAUUGUCAGUGUAAUUCUGGUAGCUACAUACACAGCCAACUUAUCUACUUAUCUUGCUCUUGAAAGGGCUACACCCAUCAUUAAUGGUAUCGAUGACAUUAUUGCUGGAAAAAUUCCUUUCGAACGCGUAGGCAUUCUAGAAGGUGGGGCUACUCGUGAAUAUUAUGUUAACAGUGUCUCUCAAGAGUAUUACCGAUUGCAGUCAAAGCAAGAAAUUUUUACUAAGUUACAGUCUAAGGUAAUUGAUGCUGCUAUAACAGAUAAUACUACAAUCGUAUAUGAAACACGAACAAACUAUUGUGAUCUCGCUGCGGUAGGGAGAGAUUUCGUUAAAUCAGCUUUCGGUAUUGCAAUGAGCAAAAAGUGGUUAUACAAAGAAGAUUUAGAUAAAAAUAUAUUAAUACUGAGAGAAUCAGAGGUUAUUAAACUUAUUCAACAAUUUAGUGGUGAAUGUAAACAAGAUAGUACAGGUGAACCUAAGCACUCAGUACAAAGUUGGUGUGAUCAUGCCGAUAUUACAUUUGGUGCAUUUAAUAUUAUUGAUGCCGAUGCAGCAGCCGUUAUAACGGCUUUCUCUCGACAAAAAAGUCUAUUGGCAGUGGAUAAAGAGCUCAGUCAACGAUUAAAAAAGUCAGAUGAAUUAGUGCAAGAAUAUGUUCAUGCCAAAUUAAAAUUGUUUAACCAAUAUAAUCUUCAAAUGACUCAAGCUGAGAAAGUGAUGAAAUUACUUCAAGGUCUUCCGCCCGAUAUGCAAGCUGAAGCUCAUCUAUUACAAACUAGACAAUUAAUUCAAACAACUGAUCAAUUUGUUACAGCUGUUCAAAAUCUUCAAGAAGCUGAAUUGAUCAGAAAUUCUGUUGUUCAAGGAAGUUUACCUUAUGAACAAGUGGAACCUAAAUUGUUUAAACUAGCAGCGGGAUCAGUCUGCGAUGGUCCCGAUCCCAAACAAAAACAACAAAAUUCAUCAUCACCUGUAAUCAUUAAAACGUCAGUCAAUGGAAGAUCAUGGAAGCUAUGGUUGACACGGGUGGUUUUGACUAAGAAAAAGGGUGGUAGUCCUCGUUUUUGUAUUGACUAUCGUCAACUCAAUGAAGUGACAAGGAAGGAUUGCUAUCCUUUGCCCAAUAUACAGGAAUUGUUUGAUCAAUUGGCCCACUCACGAUUUUAUACCAAGCUUGACCUUAAAUCAGGAUACUAUCAAAUACCCAUAGACGAAAAAGAUAAACCGAAGACAGCGUUCAGCACUCAACAAGGAUCAUGGGAAUACAACGUUUUACCUCAAGGGAUAAAGAACGGGCCUCCAACGUUCCAAAGAAUCAUUAACAAUACAUUGGGAAAUUUGAGGUGGGAUUGUGUUCUUGACAUCCACGAUAUAAUUAUAUUCCCCAGAACCUUUGAUGAUCAUACAAAGCACCUCAAUCGAGUCUAUUCUGUGUUGGCUCAUGCAAAUUUUCUACUCAACAUCGAGAAAUGUGAAGUGUGUCAACGAGAAAUAAAAUUCUUGGGGCAUCGAGUAAAUGAACAUGGAUUAUUACCAUUAGAAGAAAAAGUCCAGACUGUUAAAGAAUUAUCAAUACCAAAAACAGCCAAACAGGCUGUUUCAUUUGUAAAAGCUGCUGAAUAUUAUCGGCGCUUUAUACCACGAUUCUCUGAAAUAGCCGCACCACUUCAUAAGUUUUCAAGUUAUGAAAAGUAUAAUAAAUUUAAAUCGGGUUCCGAAGAAGAAGAAGCAUUUAACAAAAUCAAACGUGAAUUAUCAACAACAGCUAUUCUUCAUUGCCCCGAUCCAUCAUUGAUAUUCAGGAUACAGACAGAUGCAUCCAGCAUAGGUAUUGGUGGAGUGCUGAGCCAAGUUGGUCCGGAAGGAGAUCAUCCAAUUGCGUAUAUGUCAAAGUCGCUCAAUAAACAGCAACAAAACUGGAACACUACUGAACCGGAAUGCUACGCAAUUGUGGAAGCAAUUAAAUUGUGCGAACCAUAUAAUAUCUCAGAUUUGCCAAGAUUCCAAUUUUGA